ACGGCACAUACACAACACUGCGGCAUCUCUGCGUGUCCCAGAGAUUCAUUUUUGAUACAUCACGCCGAUUUCCGAAACAACAGUUUCAAAUUCAAUUGGUCCCCAAUUGUUGUUGCAUUGUUGAAACCUUUAGUGAAAAGUAGUGGUUGCUGUUGAAAAACAGUCUUAGACUUCAAAAUGUUCCGAAAUCAGUAUGACAGUGAUGUUACGGUAUGGAGUCCACAAGGACGUUUGCACCAGGUUGAAUAUGCCAUGGAGGCAGUCAAACUUGGAUCUGCCACCGUUGGCCUUAAAAACAAAACUCAUGCUGUUAUUGUAGCUUUAAAGAGAGCAACUUCAGAAUUAUCAUCUCAUCAAAAGAAAAUUUUUCCCAUUGACAAGCACAUUGGCAUUGCCAUGUCUGGUCUUACUGCUGAUGCCAGAAUGUUGAGCCGAUACAUGAGAACAGAAUGUUUGAAUUAUAAAUAUUCUCAUGAUAAUACCUUGCCAGUCAGUCGGCUCAUCACAAACUUAGGAAAUAAAAUGCAGACUUGCACUCAACGAUAUGAUAGGAGGCCAUAUGGAGUAGGAUUAUUAGUAGCUGGUUAUGAUGAUCAAGGUCCUCACAUCUAUCAAACGUGCCCAUCGGCCAAUUAUUUUGAUUGCAAAGCUAUGGCUAUUGGUGCAAGAUCUCAAAGUGCCCGAACUUAUUUAGAAAAACAUCUUAAUGAAUUUAUGAGUUGUGAAGUAGAAGACCUCAUCAAACAUGGUUUGAGAUCAUUGCGUGAUACCUUACCUAAUGAGGCUGAUUUAUCUACUAAGAACGUUUCUAUUGGAGUUGUUGGAAAAGGAACUGAUUUCAAAAUCUUAGAUGAAGCAGAAACUCAACGUUACCUUUCUGAAAUUGAAGGUGAUGAUAAACGCACCAGACCUUCAGAUGGUGAUGCACCAUCUGAUGAUAGACCACCACAAGAUCCUCCUGCAGAUCCUCUUGCCCAAGAUCCUCAAGUUGCUGUUGCUACUGAAGAAAGAUCUGCAGCAAUGGAUACAGAAUGAUGAAAGUAAUUUACAUAUUGAUAACAUCAAUUUUUAUUCAGUGGUCGAGAGUAAAUAAAGAUUAACACUUAAUUACUGUUUCUUAUUGUAACAUUCGUUAAUUUUUCAUUCUGAUGAUUUUGUGAAUAUGGUCUUUAUUUCAAUAUAAUUUGUCUAUUUACAUUAUAAGUAUUUUGAAAUAUAUUUGUAUAACAUUUGAAUUUGCUUAGCAAAUAAGUCAAUUUAAAAAAUAAAUCAACAUUACUAUUUUA